GAGUGAGUUAAUGCGCUUAUGGCACUUUUACGCGCUGCGCAGAUCUGGGCGGAAACCAGAGGCAGGGUGGGACACUGAGACUUCAUAUAGACUUCUCCCCUAAACUUAGCAUUCCUCACAACCUUUCAAAACAAUCCAGCUGAAACAUGUCGGACAGCACCUCCGGUCCGGGCUCCAUCACCAAUCCAAAGAAGUUUAAGAGCCAGGACUUCAUGUCUCUGCGUGAUGAAUGUCUCCAAUCCGGCAAGCUCUUCGUGGACCCGAGUUUUACUGCUGACCAGAACUCCAUCGGCAUGCCGGCAGAUCCGGACCCUAAAAUGGCCAUCAAGUGGCUGAGACCCAAGGAAAUCAAUAGCAAUGCCGUCUUCGUUGAAGGAACCACAGGCACUACUGAUAUCUGCCAGGGCCAACUGGGUAACUGCUGGUUUCUCGCUGCUCUAUCCUGUCUCACUAUGCACCCUAAUCUGUUUGAGAAAGUGGUUCCAUCAGGACAAACGAUGGAUGCAUCCUAUGCUGGAAUCUUCCACUUCAGGUUCUGGCAGUAUGGUGAGUGGGUGGAGGUGGUGGUGGAUGACAGGUUGCCUGUGCGAGGAGGCCGUCUGCUCUUCAGCUACUCACGCACUAAAAACGAGUUCUGGAGCGCCCUAGUGGAGAAGGCUUACGCCAAGUUAAUUGGUUCCUACAACAGUCUAAAGGGAGGCAAUAUUUCUGAGGGAAUGGAGGACUUCACGGGUGGCAUUGCCUACACUCGUCCUGUUUCCUUCCGCACUCCUCCCGUCCUGUGGAGGACUCUCACUUCAGCGCUGUCCCGAGGAACCCUACUCAGCUGCUUCAUACAGGCCAGAAGCGUGAACGAGAUCGGCAGUGUGACUCCUGAGGGGUUAGUCAAAGGUCAUGCCUAUGCCAUCACUGCCACAGAUAAGGUGCACAGGGAAGCUGAAGUGGUGUUACUGGUGAGACUGAGAAACCCCUGGGGAUUUGUGGAGUUCUGUGGACCCUGGAGUGACACGUGUAAAAACUGGGCUGGCAUAGACAGUGCAGAGAAGACCAGAAUUAAAUUGCGCAUUGAAGAAGAUGGAGAGUUUUGGAUUGGGGUGCAAGACUUUUGUAAGCUGUUUGACACAGUGGAGUUGUGUAGUUUGGAUCCUGAUGCUGGAGAAGGAGGUAAUGCCACCAACACCUCCUCCUGGUCCUUGACCUCCCACAAGGGAUCCUGGGUGCCCAUGUGCUCUGCAGGGGGCAGCCGCAGAUACCCAAAAACUUUCUGGAAGAACCCUCAGUUCCAUUUGGUUCUGUCGCAGCAGGACGUGGAGGACGUGGAGACCGAAGAGGAUGAGUCAGAUGGUGAUGGUGAUGAUGAUGAUGAUAAUGUCGGCACUGCAGCCCAGGCAAAGAGCACUGUGGACAAACAAAAACAGAAGAUGAAGAAGUACACGGUACUGAUAGAACUGCUGCAGAAAGACCGUCGACUGAAAGACAAAAUCCACUUCCUGUAUAUCGGCUUCCACAUUUACAAAGUGCCUCCUGAGCUGCAGGACAGCACAGGUUCUUUCAACAAAGCGUUUUUUGCUACUAACCCACUGGUGGGCCGCUCUGGAAAGUAUCGUAACACACGGGCUGUGUGGAGGAAAGUGCACUUGGACCCAGGGCACUACAUCAUUGUGGUGUCCACAGUGAGACCCAACAAGCCCGGGGAGUUUUUCCUCCGCAUCUAUGCCAAGAACGGCAACACACUGGGGGUUCGUGAGACCACCUGUCCUACUGCUGUUACCAAGACUGUCAUGUCAACACCUCCAUCACCUGAGGAUGAGAGAACGGUGAAGAAGUGGUUUGAUGAGGAAGCUGGACCGGAUGACAAAUUAGAUGCGCUGGAGUUUAUGAAGCUGGUCAACACAGUGCUGGAGAAGGACUACCAUGUUCCUCUGGAAAUCUGCAGACAACUCAUUUUCACGCAAGAUACUGGAGGUCGAGGCAGGCUGAGUCGUGAUCAGGCCGAUAAUCUCCUCUCAUCUCUGCGCACUCUGCAGUUAAUCUUUCUUGAGUAUGAUGAGGAUUCCUCUGGAACCAUUAGUCCUUUUGAGCUCAGUCAAGCUCUUAAAGCAGCAGGUGUGCAGUGUGAUAAUAACAUACUACACAUGCUGUGGGAGCGCUUUGGCUCUGGAGAGGAGCAGCUGCCUUUCUACACCUUUGUGUCAUGUGUUACCAGACUGCAAGUCCUCUUUGCUCUGUUUGAGUCAGAAAGCAGUCUGGAAGUGAAGAGCAGGGGGAUCGACACGUGGCUGCUCAGGCUGCUGGCUGUGUGAGCGCGCUCAGAUGUGACACCUCAGCAGGACAGACCUGUACAGCCAGGACUAUACAGACGUCAUCCACCUGGACCUGCGUUAUUUCUCUCUCUCACGCUCUCUCUAUUUCAUUACAUUUACAUCACACUCUCUCUUGUUCCAAUCACUUCCACCAACCCACCCACGCACACACACCUAUCCAUCCAUCCAUCCAUCCAUCCAUCCAUCCAUCCAUCCAUCUCUCCAUCACACAGGUCAUGGGGUCAUUCCUGAUUAUGGACCCAGACACACACUAUCUGCUUUUGUGUUUAGAAUAGGAUCAUAAAAAAACCUAUGUUCUGUAUUACUAUAUUUUGUAUUCGCGUUCCUUUUUAUUAUAUAAAAGUCUGAUACAAAAGGAUUUUGUAUCAUGCAAUAUUAUUAUUCUAUCCUGUCUAAUUUGGCACAAACUCUAUUGUCAAUUCACAAAUACUAUAUGCUAUGAAUCCAUACGGAACAGAAGUUACUGAUUUUUUUUCUUUCCAUCAUAAAAUGAUCAUAAAUAUUCCAGUGUUAAGCAUACAACAAAUAUUCAUUUAUUCGCUUAUCGCUUCCAAGUUGUGCCAAAUUCCUCAAAUGCUCUACAGUAGUUAUCAAGAACAAAAUACAAACAUCUGUAACAUCCAAAAUGUCCAAGAGAUAAGAAUGCAACAAAAAUGUUACAAAAGGCUGGGAUUAGUUUGAGAUAAUAUUCAUUUUGCUUUGAACGUUCAUCAAAUAUUUUAGGAAUGCAACACUUUUAUUCUGUUGGAAUGCAGUUAUUGGGUCUUAAGCCUGAUGUGAACCAAAACUAUUUUUAUUAACAUCAACUCCGAAUGUAUUAACAGUAUCUGAGAAUGAAGCUAUGUCUUAUCUUUUUAAUAUUUCUAACAGUGGGCAUGCGAAUCAAUGAUCUUCCAAAUAAAUCUGAGUAUCCUGAUAUAAA